AUGACUAGAGAAUCCAGGAGGCACCAGCAUCUUUCCCUCUCUGAUGCUGCUUUCAGCGAAUGGAUGUUUCAGAUUAUAAUUGGAAUCUUUGGGAAUGGCUUACUCCUUUACUUAUACAGCUCUAAUUUAAUCACUUGCCCAAGGAUAAGAACCAUUAGCCUGGUUUUAAUUAAUGUGGCCUUUUCCAACAUUAUGAUGAUUCUCUUCAGAGAAGUACCAUGGGCAAUUCAGAUCUGCAUCCAGGAAAUUUUCUUAGCUGAUGCUGAAUAUAAAAUCAUAAUUUAUUUGCAAAGAGUGUGCCGAGGUUUUUCCCUUUGUACUACCUGCUUCCUGAGUGUCUGCCAGGCCAAGAUCAUCUGCUCCAGCAGCCCCAAAUGGGUUGAGCUCAAAGUCAGAGCCCCAAAGUGCAUUGUUCUAUCCUGUGUCUUCAUGUUUGGACUCAUUCUGUUGAUAGAUAUGAUUGUGACUCUAUAUGUGACUGGAACCAGGAACAACACAAACAAUGAGUUGAACAGGAACCUACGGUAUUUUUCUACACAUAGGUAUGCCAUGACUACCUCAAAACUUAUAAUCUGGAUUUCAUUUUACAAUGCAGUGUUUGUGGACAUCAUGGCCAUUACCAGUGGCUACAUGGUGCUUGUUUUGUACACACACCACCGGCAAGUCCAACACACUCAUAAGACCAGCUAUAGCCCCAAUGCCUCCGCAGAGACCAGAGCCACCAAAAUCAUCCUGUUGCUCAUGAGCAUCUUUGUAUGUUUUUAUUCAGUCAGUUCCCUCUUUAUUAUUUUGUUAGAUAAUUCUAAAGACACAAACCAAUGGGUGAUAUAUGUCAAUGUGUUUUUUAACUUGUGUUAUCCAGUAGUCAGUCCCUUUGUUUUAAUCUGCAGUGACUCUCAGAUCCCCAGUCCUUGUAAUGUUUACAAAAGGAUGAAAAUGGCUUAUCUCCUUUCAUGA